AUGUCUAUCGAUCCAAACGUGACUGACCAGCACCAUCACCACCAUCGUGCGUCCUCCGACGAUGCCAUGGCCGCAUUGAAAAUCGCUGCUGCCACUUCCUUCUUCUCCUCCCGCAACCAGAACAAUAAAAAUCCCCUUCCAACACCAGCAUCGCUAGCACCAGCACCCACAAGGCAACAAGCACCCCAUCCCAUCACGACCACCAUUCCCAGCCCCGUCCACUCGACGCGCCAGCCCUCGCCCUUUGAUCACAGCUUGUCCAAGAUGGCAUCCACGUCCACGCGUGGCCCCAACAAACCACUCACACUCCAACACCAGCCCGCUGCACAUUCCUCAUAUUCAACUUCACACUCCAGCCCUAUACAAACACCCCAUACUCCACAUUUCCGCCAUCACCACCACAACCAUCAAAUCUCAUCCUUGCCCUCUCCUCCCCUAUCCUCUGUCGAACCACCCCCUAGCGCUGGUUUCUUCCCAAAGUCGCCUCUCCAGGAGCGGUGUGAGGCUUUGGAGAUUGAGCUCUCUGCCCUCAGACUCCGUCUCAAGCGCUCCGAGCGAUCUUCGACCGUGAGGGAAAAGCGCCUUUCCCUCUUUCAGCAGCAAUCCUCCGAUUCCCAGCAAUCGCUCCAAUCCCUGAUGUCCCAGUACGAGACGACCCUUUCCCAACUGCAGGAUUCCCAACGCGAGCUCAGCGACACAAAAGCCGCGCUUGCCUCCAAUGGUGAUCGUGUUCGUCAACUAGAAUCGACAACGCAGGAGCAGGAGUGCAAACUGAACGAGAUGUUAUCCGAGCGGGAGGCCCUCUCCGCAGAGAUGAAGGAGAGCCAUGCCGAGAAUGCAAGGCAACAGAAGCGACUCAAGACUGCCACAGAAAAGGUCGACAGGCUGCAGCAGGAGAAUCGCCAGUUGAUUGAACAGCUCAAGGAACUUCGAACCAAGGUGGUCCAAGUCUCGGAUGCCCAGCUAGAUGCCAUCGAAUCAUUGCACCGCGAAAAGUCUCAGGGGGGAAAGGCCGUCCUCGAGCUGGAGACAGAGGCAAAUAGGUUCAGGGCCGAGGUCGAGCGACUGCAGGACUUGGUGCUUACAAUGGGCAACCGACACGUCCAAGUCCAGGCACAGCUCGCGUUUUUCCAGCAGCAGGCUCAGCAGCUUCAGUACGAAUUGGACCAAUCCGAACAGACAAAUUCGGAAAAUCGCAUAGCAGGGAGCACAAACAAACUCACUGUGCAACAUUCACGGAGCAUGUCAGCAGCAACGGGUGGCACAGCGAAAAAGCACGGCAGCAUGGGUGAAAGCACGCUGAGUUCGCUCUUGGCCUCAGUCGCCUCUGUUGCCUCGACCUCCCAUUCUCGCCGGACAAAACUCACUCGCCGCUUCACAGUCAAUGCACCACGCAAGGAUGGAGAGUUGACGCUGGAGCAGCGCAAGUGCGAGUUCCUGAUGGACCAGAUUGCAGUCCUCCAGCGCGGAUACGAUGCUCUUCGUCAAGAAAAGGUCACGCUCGAACUUCAGCUCGACCUCAUGCAGCGACAACACCAAUAUCACCAACAGCAGCGACAGAAGCGCCGAGAGUCUCAGAGACGAACAUUGGGGAGCGAACAGUCUGCGGCAAUCUCGAAUGCCUUGGCCAUCAUGGUCGCCUCUCCCUCCGCUGCAGGAAACCCGCUGACGACUAUUCCAUCGACGCCACUCCUGCCAACGUAUUCCGCUGCAGAGCAGGAGGAAGAGAAGGCCCGGAUCCAGUACGAGCUCGAGCAGGCACAAGUCCGGAAACAGAAGGAAGCUGAAGAGAAGGAGAGGCAGAGCUUGGCGGCCAAGGCAGCGGCAGAGGAGGCAGAGCGGGAGGCGAUUCGACUCCGACGUGCAAAAUCAUUGCAUCUCAAGGAGACCUUGGCGUCUCUCGAAUCCAAGCGCGUCCGCAAUGACAGUCGCAACGUCCAGUUCUCGAGUUCGGACGAGCUGAGGCACCUGGAGAACCUUCGUCUUACGAAUGAGACCCAGCAGCACGGGUCAGCAGCGGCAGCCCGAGCAAGUCGACGGCUGGUCUCACCGUUCUCGUCUAGCCAACUCUCGUCCUCAUCGUCGGCAUCUUCGCCAUUGUCAUCGGCCAUGUCCUCACCCUCUCCCCUGUCGGCCAUGACGACUCCAAGUCCCUCUACGCCGUCGUCAUCGCAUUCACCGCAGGCCAAGCAGCCAGUGCAAUAUACCCAUCCGUCCAAGCACCAGCACCAGCAGCGCUUGGCCACGUACGCCCGCCACACGUACACGUACAAUAUCGAACAAUGCAGUUGUUGUCUCGGCGCCAUGAUUGAAAUCUAG